CAGUAAGUUUAUUUGUCCUAAAUGUAGCUUUCCUGUGCACUGUCGGUCUAAUGCCUGGCAGCAAACCCAAUUUAUGUUUACGCUAGCCAGGGCAUUUCGGGCUUGAGUAAUCGCAAGGGUCUUUUCAAACCAAAUGUCAGCAAAUUGGUGUAGAGAUUACAUAGAUGGGCUUCUCAAUCCCGAGGAUUUGGCGGUCCUCGUCGCGGAUGCGCCAGCACCACGCUGCCGCGCUAGCAGUGGGAGUCCAGCAUCGGUCCAAGGGCACAGCUGCGUUUUAGGGGUUGCAGUUGCUUGUGGGAACGGAAGCGAUGGGUCGGAGCUGUCAGACAGCGACGAAGUGACCACAACCCUUAAAGGCAUGCAGCCCCCUGGCUCAUUCGACGCUUGGCUUUCAAUGAACUGCGGCUAUGGCAUUGGCUCUUGUGUGGGGCAGCCGCAAUUCUGCCGCAUGACUCAGCCCGCAAGCGUCCCAUGCAAGCCUGAAGUGACAGCAAUUCCCCUCGAGUGCUUCGAAAGCAACAGUACAUCAUCUAUAAAUGCCAGCAACAGUACCAGCAGUACCACUAGCAGCGCAGCUGGCAGCGGCAGCGACCUUGCAAGCCUUGCAUCACCCCAACAGCAGCAGCCUCGCGGCCGCGACUUGCCGCUUUCGCUCUUGACUUCACGCCUGCGGAACCCCUCCUUGGAUCUUCCACGCGAUUCUAAUCCAAACUCUUUCCCGGAUAAUGACGAUCCGGAUUGGCUGGGAUUGGACCCAAGGACUGGAGUCCGCUACUCUUACGAUGCAGCCCCCUUGACGGCCUUAGUGGCUCGUCCCGUAGUAACAGAAUGCUACUCCUACUCUGCUGAGGAACAGCAGCUGCGCAGGCGACGUGGUGGCAAUGGUGUCAUCGCAUUGAAAUCGUGUCAGGGGCAGGAUUAUAAUUAUGGCAAAAAGCCUAGUGCAAGAAAGAAUAACAUUUAUACGCCGGCCUAUACUACCAGCGCAGCAGCCUCCGCCACGCCCUCGGAGCCUACUGGGAUUCGGCAAGAUACGGCAUGCACGCCCGCCCCGCCUCCCAUGGUCUUCAAGCACACCGCGCAACGGCCCCCGCUGCACCCCGCCAUAGCCCUCUUCAACAACCGCCCUGAUGCCACCCCCGCAGCCGCCACAACCGCCACGGCAACCGCUGUCGCCUCCACCGGCAGUCGCAGUGGCAACUGCAGCAACAGCUGCGAAGUGCAGCCGGCGCAGCAGCCCUCUAGCUGCAUGGCUAAUACAGCUAGUAGUGGCGCUGUUGCCGCCACCGGUGCUGCUGUUGCCACCGGUGUUACUAGUCCUCUCUUCCCUGUACCUUCUCAUGCUGGCAUCGCAUCCUCAUCUCUAUCCUCCCCCCACAUCGCCUCCAUUGUGAUAGUGCACCCCCCGGCGUUGGCGCGCAGCAACUCCCUUGCUGCCGCUGCUGCUGGUGCUUCCAAUUCCUACUUUACAGCGGCACAAUCUGCCUGUGCUCCUGUCCCUACUGAUGCUACUGCUAUGGGCGUGGCUGCGUCAAUCACCGAGGCCGCUGCCACCUCUACGGUGGCUGCUGCUGUAAAUGACACCUCGCCUGCCGUUACUCGGAGCAGCAGUACCGGCGGCAGCACCGGGCCGAUUGCGAUGCCGAUGGUAUCUCCCUUCGCACGAGUACACAGCGGAUCCCUUUACCUGGAUGCUUUCAGCGACGGCAGGGGUGUGAGUACGUAUACGGCUCUGGAUAUGGCCCCGGAACCAGAGUACCACGGCCUGGAUCUGGGAUCUCAUGAGCCGUACGGGGGAGAUUCAGGGCUGACGGAGGAGUGCGUUCACGGCGGCCGGCGGCUGCAUUCAGGCGGCAGCUUCAGCAGUAGCAUUGCCAGCAGAACUAACAGCGCUUCGGUUGCUACUGUGACCGCCUCCGCCGCUAGUGCCACUGCUGCCACUGCAUUGGGUGUCAGAACAGCAGCAAUAGCAGCAGAGGUGUCAGCUUGUCAAGACGUUUACCAGUCUUGUCACGACUUUGAGUAUCGUCGCCGUGGCAGCCGUCGGCAGCAGCAACGUGACGUCAGUUAUGACACUAUCACGGCUGUAGCAGAGGCGCGUACGACGACCGCUGCGGCGGUUGGGACGGUUGACCUGAUGUCCGCAUCUUCCCUGGAGUCCUGGGCAGAGGCUAGCUGCGCUGCUGCCACCGCCGCCGCCGCCGCCGCCGCUGGUGCGGCAACUGCAGGAAGUACCACAGCUAGAAGCUACAGCGUUGACUCGUUUGCACCUUUGUCGGCUGCUACUGCAGCUGCUGGCAACAGCAACAGCAUUGCUAGGGAGGAGAAAUCGGGUAUCGCGACUGAUGAUGAGAGCCGUGUCGCGGCCAGUAUUGGCCGGCUGUGGAGCUGCCCGGAGCUAAACGGUCGAGGAGAUGCUGCCUCCGCCCGCGGUGGAAGCGACAACAGCAAUAGCAGGAGCAGUAGCCUAGGCCUUGCCUCUGGUGUGGCUGUGGCACCAGCCUUUGUCGCCGCCCCAGUGACGACUGGCAGCGGUCAGUGCGCCGCGGACGGCGGCUCGGUUUUAUGUCGCGCCGGCUCGCUCACCAGUGACGAUUGUGACGACGCGCAGUGUCCCGUGGGUCGAUGCAGCAGCUGGCCCGCAUGCAGUCCCACGGGUCGCCGCAGGGGCAAUGGCGGUGCCUACAUGCGCGCAAUGGCGGCGGCUGCAGCAGCCGCUGCUGCUGAGGCCAUUGCUGAGGAGGAGGAUGCUACUGCCGCGUCGACUGACGGCGACGUAACGCCUGACGAUGCCGGCGUAACGCCAGGUCGUCCCAGUGAAACCAAUUGCCAUGUAAACCAUCCCCUGCUGGACCUCAUUGGCACUUCAUGGGAGCAGCAUGUCGCGACUUUUGAUGUGGAUCUUGGCCAACCGCAACAAUCCGCAGCAGCAGUACGGCAGCAGCAGCAGCAAGUGCAGGGGCAGCAGCAGACACAAGCGGCAGAAUCGUCAAUGCUAGCCUCAGUUCCCACUUCCGCUCUUCUAACCGAGCUCAUCAAGAGGUUGCUGUACCAGCCUCUGCGUUGCGCGUCCUCCCUUGCACUCCAGGCAUCUGCCGGGGCUCUGGCGCUGCCACUGCUGCUGCUGGGGCUGGGGCGGCUGCCCGGGCGGGCGCGGGGCGGCUGCGCGGCGGCGUUGCGAACCAUGGGUCACUUGGCAUGCGGCUGCGUGUGGGGUGUGGCGUCAGUGGUGUUGGCAGGGGCUGGAUGGCUGCUGAGGCGACGGCGCAACAGGUGAAUGAGGAGUUGCAGUAACAUGAAGUUUGCAGCAAAGGUAGAGGUUUGCACUUGAUGGUGAGGUGGGAUAGAUGCUGGUGAGAAGUACGGGGUUAGGUUUAUAGGCUUAUGGUUGAAGGAUGGAUAAUGGAACAUGAGGCUCAUCGUACCCUAUCCGAAAGGCGUUGGAAUUGUGUAAAAUAGCAGGCAAUGGCGCCGGGAUGGAGCGCCAUCCGUUUGUGUGAACGUUCGUGAGUCACGUUUGUGUGGCCAUAUAGGGUACCUGAAGAUCUGACGACGGCGACAGCAGAGCACUGUCACCCAAAAAAUGUUUUUUUUCCCGAUGGCGUUUGUUGUUACGUGCUGUAGCAGGAAUGCACAUGGUGGUUGUUUGUUGUUGUUGCUGCUGCCGUUACGUACUGCUGCUGCCGUUACACACCGGUGUUGCUGUGGGUGUUCCUUUAAACAUGUUAACCGUUACUGAUGGACAAACAACGUGACACACCAUUCAUGACAAUGCCGCGAAGGCGGUUUAUACUACUGCUGCUGCUGCUGCGUUUAGCUUGGAACGCAAUCAUGCAUGCAUGCAUUUACUUCUCGAUGGCAGGUUUACAUGGUGCGGGUACUUACUGGGAUGCAGCUCGAUGGGACGGUGGAGAGCUGGGGCCAGCGUGUAUGAAUGUAUGUUUACGAGGGUCCGCUUAGCAUACUGUCUGCGGGAAUGAUUAGCCGUAUUUUAACCGUCAACGUAUCACUUCGCAAGGGUUGACUGAAUGCGUGGGCUUACUCCAUGGCUGUGUCAUAGUUGGAGAUUACAGGAAGGGUGGUGAGCCCAAGGCGAGCUCUCUCGCUGUUUGUUUUCGCUUACGGGGUAUUUGGCAGGUGCACAGGAGGCGGGAGUUGUAUCCUGCCUAUGUAUGUGCUUGUUGGUACGUGAUUGCUAGGCGAGCACCGAAGUGCUGGAAUGAUGGUGCGCGGAAGAAAUAAUGGGGGGGGCUAGUCUGUCGCUUGCUUUGGUCUUAUCUUAAGUCGGACAUGUAGGAGGCAAGGGAGGUCUAUGUGCUGCGGUAAAAUUGUGCACUGUAUGUGUUGCCGAUUCACGUAUUGGGAAAUAGGGCCCCUGUCUGCUGUACAGCAGAGACGCGCAGCGCGUGGGUUUGCGGCAUCGCUCAUCGACCGGCCCAGUACACAGCGGAAUCAUGCGUUAGUUGGGCGGGCAGCAGUGUAUUGCUGUAUGUUUCCCGCUUGUAAGGUUUGGAACAGUGACUGGGGACGUAAUGUAGGAUUUCCUGGAGUACGUGUGGGUUAUCAAGAGGUGACACACGCUACGUUGCGUUGCCGGGAGUUGUUGGGUUGUCACGGGCUACUGGGCUUGUGAUUAUUAUUUCUAUUAAAUGAACGUUGCAGUGGUUUAGAUUACGGUAUAAGAAAACACCUCAGCUGAGUGCAAUGCUUGUUGGUACAUGUUGCAUUGGGGGGUCAUUUGAACAAAUAAUGUGGUUACUUACUGGGAUAAGAUGAUUGUGCAGGUUGUGUUGUGAUAUUAGGGGCCGGGGCUGUCUUCCCGCCUUUUCGUGGUGAAGUCUCCUUCGCUGCUGGCAGGUGGUGCAUGGCGGCUUGUCCGGCGUGUCCUGUGUCGUACGACUGCCGCCGAAAAAGUGGGAAGAUGGAGGAGGGAUGGCGCCGCAACGCCCAUCAACGCGUUGGAAGUGGCUGUUCGUAUCUUGUACAAUAUCAUGGAGCCAAUGGAUGGCGCCAGCAAAGAUAGCUACAAAACACGUGGUGGCUGCCGCCUUGCUGAUGCCCGCCGGCAUGUAUAGAAUCCGUGGUGUUUGUGCGAUGCUUGAUGCAUAAAGGUGUUCGUUGCUGGUCUUAUCCUCGGCCGUCAGGUGGCCAACGAUUAUGCUUUUAAGAGGGUCGUUGUGGUUGGUAUAGUGGCGUUACCGAUGGAAUGGAUACAAAUGUCCAGAAUAAGCUACUCCAUGUGCUUCUUAGUAGCGGCAGUGCUUCCCUAAGGAGCGGUCCGGUAUAUAUCUCGCUGCUGUAUGUUGGUUGCUAGUGUCAGCCGCGGCGCUUUGCUGACGUCCGCAAACACACACACACACACCUUUGAUGUGUGGAUGGACCCAUGGGUCACCGCCGGAAAGGCCCCGUGAAGCGAAUGAUCCGCGUGGUUUCGCAGCGGAUGCCUACAUGGAGGUUUACAAGUUUCCGGCAGGCUUCGGUUUUCCAGUGAUAGGGUUUCGACGACUUGGUGGUUAUGAUGUGUGUGAUUCGCAGGUAUUCUUUUUGUUUUGCUUUGCUGUUUGCUUUGCUGCUGUGGAGGACCUGAACAACGGUGUUAGGAAUGGGGUGCAGAUGAGGAGCAGGAGCAGGAAGGAUCGCGGUCGGAGUGGCCACACGGGGUGGUUGUGCGGAGCUCCGCCACCGGCUCGGCUGCACGAUAGCCACGGUAGCCACUGCAGCCGAUACGCGCAUGCUGGGGGUGUUAGUUGUUUGCGUCGUUGCUGCGUUGCUGCUUGUAGUAAGUAGGUUAAUGCAUGCAUGCAUGUUGGUAGGUUGUUGCUAGAAGGACACGCAUGGGUGCUUGGGCGUGCAUGUGCAAACGUGCUUUCAGCUCACAGGGACCUUCGUUUCUGCUUUCAAGGUAGCACGUUAGUUGGGUUUAUCUAGGUUAGCUGUCCGCGCAUGCAAGGCGGUUUGCCUCGGGGGUUGUGGAGUGGGGUUACUGCUACAUCUAUCGUAAGAGACAAUGCACAUCUCCCCUUGGUUAGACGCUCUAUCUCAGAUGUACGUGUCGAAGUGAGGAAUGGAGGCCAAUGUUACGGCUUCUUUCCUCACUGUGGCAAUGGGGCCCGGCAGUAGGGUGCGGUUAGAGCUCUAGUACGUGGGGAUUCCGUCAAUAGUAGUACCUGGCAGGAGAGUUGCGGCGGUUCCGUACUGUACGGCAUGUACGGCAUGUAACAUACUUCAAAGCAA